ACUGCCCGCCCGGCUCGCCGGAGUUCGCCCGCCGAACGCUGCCUGCAGGAGGAGGGCGGGAAUUCCAGCUCUUCCGCGGUCUGCUACCCUGGGUCCUGGUCUCAGGUUGCCCCUUCGCUGCCGACGUUCCUAACACAGACACAUCGUUUCUUUUUAAUACUCCCAAAGAAACAGAAUAACUUUCAAGCUGGCGGAAGCAAUGGUUCACAUAAAGAAAGGCGAGCUGACCCAGGAGGAAAAGGAGCUGCUGGAAGUGAUCAGGCAAGGUACCGUCCAAGAAGCUGGAACACUAUUAGCCAACAAGAAUGUUCGUGUUAACUGUUUAGAUGAGAAUGGAAUGACUCCUCUAAUGCAUGCUGCAUAUAAAGGAAAGCUUGAUAUGUGUAAAUUACUUUUGCGACAUGGAGCUGAUGUAAAUUGUCAUCAACAUGAACAUGGAUAUACAGCCCUCAUGUUUGCUGCACUUUCUGGUAAUAAAGACAUCGUGUGGGUAAUUUUGGAGGCUGGUGCUGAGACAGACAUUGUCAAUUCUGUAGGAAGAACAGCAGCUCAAAUGGCAGCCUUCGUGGGGCAACAUGAUUGUGUGACUAUAAUCAACAAUUUCUUUCCCCGAGAGAGACUGGAUUAUUACACUAAACCCCAGGGACUGGAUAAAGAGCCAAAACUGCCUCCAAAGUUGGCAGGCCCACUGCACAAAAUUAUCACCACCACAAAUCUUCAUCCUGUCAAGAUUGUGAUGCUUGUAAAUGAGAAUCCUCUCCUGGCGGAAGAAGCAGCCCUGAAUAAAUGCUACAAGGUGAUGGAUUUGAUUUGUGAGAAAUGUAUGAAGCAAAGAGACAUGAAUGAAGUAUUGGCUAUGAAAAUGCACUACAUUAGCUGUAUCUUUCAGAAAUGCAUUAACUUCUUAAAAGAUGGAGACAAUAAACUGGACACUCUGAUCAAAAGCUUGUUAAAAGGUCGAGCUACUGAUGGCUUUCCAACAUACCAAGAAAAGAUCAUUAGAGAAAGUAUCAGAAAAUUUCCUUACUGUGAAGCUACACUCCUCCAGCAGCUGGUGCGAAGCAUUGCUCCUGUUGAAAUUGGUUCUGAUCCCACUGCAUUCUCUGUACUGAACCAAGCCAUCACUGGUCAGGUGGGUUUUAUAGAUGUUGAAUUUUGCACAACGUGUGGAGAAAAAGGAGCAAGUAAAAGAUGUUCAGUAUGUAAAAUGGUAAUAUAUUGUGAUCAAACCUGCCAGAAAACACACUGGUUUGCACAUAAAAAAGUCUGUAAGAAUCUGAAGGACAUUUAUGAGAAGCAACAAUUGAAAGCUGCCAAAGAAAAGAGUCAAGAGGAGACUGAUGGCAAACUUGAUGUCAAUGCUAACUGCGUUAAUGAAGAGCAGCCAGAUGCUGAAACGGGUACCUCCCAAGAGGAUUCUAAUCAAGAGGGUUCUAACCCUAAAGGUUCUGUGGAAGGGGAGAAAGAGUCUCUCCAGAGUGAUGCUGAGUUGGAAGGCGUGCAGGGCGGUCCUGCAGGGCCACAGGUGUCUGAGGAGUAAAAGACAGCAAAUGCCGGCUGAUGCUCCUCACGUGACCAUGUCCUCACUGCCUUGCGACACCUGCAUGCCACUAUGGCAGGGUCCCCCACUUCCUAGAAUAGAUGCUUCCAAGCAAAGCUCUGUCUUCUUCGCCCUAGUUUCCUAUUGAUUUCUGGUCUGGAAUUGGAUGAAUAUUCCUAUGGAAAAAAAAAAGUUUUCAAAAUAUAGGAUAUACCAUUUCCAUUCCCUUUUUGAGGACUGCUUUUCAGCAAUUGCUCUCAAUGGAAAAUAAACCCCCUUAGAGAAGAAAUACAGGCUCCGGGGAGCCAAGGAGCAAGUAGAACAGGCGUGAGAGAGAGGUGAUCUUCAAGAAAGAAAAAUGUUAUAGCCACAGAGAAGGGUAAUGAAAACAAUCAUUACUCAUAUGUGAAUAAAAUGCAUACAAAUAGCAUUUGCAAUAGUGAACUUCUACUAAGAUGCAAUAUACUAAAGAAAAACUUUGUUAAAAGAUAUGUGCCAUAGUUCAGCUGAUGGUAGUAUUUUUAUAGAAAUUAUCCUGAACAGUCUAAACUUUAGGUAGUUCCUGCAGUGACUUUUUAUCCAUAGAAUUUAUACCUUCAGAAAUGUCAAAUCCCUCAGAAGGAACUAAGGCAUAGCUAGAAUAUCUCAGGAUGUGUGUUAAGAAAGAAGAUUCGUUGCAUUUUUGAUUAAAUACCUGCCAGACAUAAAAUUAUUGUCAAACUAAUUUAUGUGCCAUACUCUCACCUGGAAGGCGGACCAUUAUCUUCCUAUAAGUUUUUCCUGUCCAGAAACUGUGAUUUACAACUAUCAUUUAUGGAAAGCCCUGGCAUUAGUUUUUAAUGUAUGUAAUAUUUAAACAGAGUGAGAGUGUAUGUAAUCUGAAGAUAGUGCUGUUUCAAAGUUUCUUGUAUUGAUUGUAAAAUAAAUUGUGCCUCCUAUUAUAAAUAACA